GCCUCGUAUGGGUGAAAAUGUGAGAUUAGCUUGCGAGUUUAGGAAGUUUAGGGAAUGUUAAAGCUCCGUUUGGGCGGGUUUUAUCGUUGGUAAACUGCGUUCGAGUCACUGAAGUCAGAAUGAGCUCCGGCACGCCGUACAUCGGCAGUAAAAUCAGCCUCAUCUCAAAGGCGCAGAUUCGCUAUGAGGGAAUAUUGUACACUAUCGACACAGACAACUCCACUGUGGCCUUAGCGAAAGUGAGGUCCUUUGGAACUGAGGGGCGACCUACUGACCGGCCUGUGCCACCGAGGGAUGAAGUCUUUGACUACAUAAUCUUCAGAGGAAGUGACAUUAAAGACAUCACUGUAUGUGAGCCUCCAAAGCUGCACCAUGGUUUGCCUCAGGAUCCUGCGAUUGUUCAGUCUUCAGUGGGCAGCUCAUCCAUGUCGUACGGUCCUCCUGGAGGAUACAGUCCCUACAGAACCGUGAUGCCUUCUUAUAGCCAGCUUGCUGCCAGCUCUCUGCUCAACCAGCAGUAUGCGACUGCUCUAGGCCUGGGUGCGGGUCUGCAUGGCCCUGUAAGAAGAGGCCCGAUGGUUGAGCAGGCCGUCCAGACAGUUCCUGUGGAGAAAGCGGCCCCGAAGAAAAGUGUGCCUGCAGCGCAGCAGGGACGGGACGGUGGCAGACCACAGAGAGCCGGCAGGUGGAGCCCUCAGACACGGCGUAGUGGUGGAUCUGGGAAUGUUGCGACAGCUCAGCAGGGUGAUGUACAAGGACAAAGGCAAGAUAAUGAAAAGAACAGGCCACCGCAGAGGAGGAGACAAGCCAGUCGCAGGUCCAGGAAUCGCAACCGUGGUCAAAUCAUUGUGGGCACAGCGAAGCCCACGACCCUCCAGUUUGAGUCGGACUUCGAUUUUGAAACGGCCAACGCCCAGUUCAACAAGGACGACCUCGCAAAGGAGCUUCAAGACAACCUGAGUGUCAAGGAUUCUAAAGAGGAGAAGGUGGACUCUGGAGUGGAGACCCAGAGCAGCGAGGGAGCAGUGGAGGAGGUGUUUGGGCCGAAGUGUUUCUACAAUAAGGCAAAGAGCUUCUUUGACAAUAUCUCCUCGGAGCUCCAGGCAAGGAACCCCUGAAGAACCUUUGUCCAUCCUUCUUAGGAGUGUAUGGAUUCAAAACUGAUCUACCAACAAGCUAAUACGCAUUUCACAACCAGAGUUAAGCGGUCACAAACACAUGCGAUAGGUUGAAUUCCUUCCUGUGCAAAGUGCCCAAGAACACACUACAUUAAAAUUCACUUGUAAGAGCAGGGAAGUACAACCAUCUCUGAAAUGACCCACUACAGGCAUACUUGUAAGGAGGAUACUACUGGAUGGUGUUGGUCUCAGUUCACUAUUAGUCUCCAGAAAGAGUGCUUGCAACUGGUCAGUGUCCUGCAACUGCACACAAGGCAGUCAAUGACUGCUUCACACCACAAUGAUAGUUUGGCCAAAUGUAUUUUCCCUGCCCCAUAUGUAGGUCAUGGACCUAGUUGGUGUCUGGUUUGCUGUUUGUUUGCUGUGAUGCUAAUGUAGCUAACAAGUAUUGAAGGCUUGUACACUAACAUGUAACAUACAAUUUACAUGUAUAAAUCACUUGCUUGCCUCUAACUAUGGAA